UAGAAACCGGCCAAUCCAGAACGAAGCGGGUUGUUCCAAAAGAAAAAAAAAAGUCUCCGAUCUUCCUACUUCCGCCGCCUCCUUCUUUCCCUGCUUUUGCUUCUGCUGUUUCUUAUUGGGCUACCUAGACUCCCCUCCAGGCACAUUUUCGUGCUCAGACCUUCUCUUUGUGAUUUGUAACUGAUACGGGUCUUUGCGGUUUCUCUACCUUUUCUGGUGCACCCUUCCUGGUCGUCGAGGUGCUUGGCAGAUUGCCUACUCCUCGAAGUUGUCAUCGCUCCAAUUCCAGGACAAAAAUUAACCCAGAGCGGGGAAUUUAGACCCUGACAAGCGCUGCAGAGACAAGCGGCUCGCCCUCCGCACUUCUUUAAGGGCUCGGAUCUCUCUCCGUCCUUACCGGGAACAAAUGGUGGGAUGCGCCGCUUUCUUCGUUCGCGGUAGGGAAGUUGGGCAUUCUCGACUCUACAUCCCCGGGGCUGUCUCUAGCCACCGAGCGACAGACAGACAGACUGACUGACCCUCCCGCCUUAUUCCCUCAGCCGCAGCCAUGGCGGCCUCCGAUCUGUCUGCCAACCUCCAGGAGGAAGCCACCUGCGCCAUCUGCCUGGACUAUUUCACGGAUCCGGUGAUGACCGACUGUGGCCACAACUUCUGCCGGGAGUGUAUUAGUCGCUGUUGGGGACAGGCCGACGGUGCAUUUCCAUGUCCGGAGUGUAGGGAGAUGUCCCCUCAGAGUAACCUACGGCCCAACAGGCCGCUGGCCAAGAUGGCCGAGAUGGCUCGGCAGUUGCAUCCGCCUUCGCCUGUACCCCAGGGUUUGUGCGGGAAGCACCGGGAGCCGCUGAAGCUCUUCUGCGAGGAGGACCAGGCGCUCCUCUGUCUCACAUGCGAGCGCUCUCGGGACCACUGGACCCACCGGGUGUCCCCUGUCGAGGAAGCCGCAGAGGACUACCAGGGAAAGUUGGAGAAAUCAUUGGAGCAUCUAAGGAAGCAAAUGGGAGAAGCUCUGCAGUUUCAAACCCAAGGAGAGGAGACUUGUAUUAUUUGGCAGAAAAUGGUGGAGAGCCAGAAACAGAAUGUUACAGCUGAGUUUGAUAAGCUUAGAAGCUUCCUGGCUGAGGAGGAGCAAAGGCUCCUGCAGAAGCUGGAGGAGGAGGAAAGUGAGACUCUGCCUAGACUCAGGGAGAAUAAGACUAAGCUGAUCCAGCAAAGCCAUUCCUUGGAAGAACUGAUCAGAGAGCUAGAGGAGAGAUGCAAACGUCCUGCCUUGAGUCUGUUGCAGGAUGUGAGAGAUAUACUGCAUAGGAGUCAGGAUGUGAAGUUGCAGUUGCCAGAGGUUGUUUCCAUGGAGCUGAGGACUGUGUGCAGGGUUCCUGGGCUGGUAGAGAUGUUGAGGCAAUUCAGAGGAGAUGUCACUCUGGAUCCAGAUACAGCAAAUCCUGAAUUGGUCCUCUCUGAAGACAGGAGAAGUGUGAGACGGGGGGAUGUACGGCAAGCAUUGCCUGACAGCCAGGAGAGAUUUGAUCCUGGUCCUUGUGUACUUGGCCGUGAAAGCUUCACUUCUGGGAGACAUUAUUGGGAGGUAGAGGUUGGAGAGAGGGUUAAUUGGGCUCUGGGAGUUUGUAAAGAAAAUGUGAAUAGAAAGGAGACAGGGGAAUUGUCUGCUGGCAAUGGAUUCUGGAUCCUGGUGUUCUUUGGAAAUUAUUAUUAUUCUCCUGACCAGACCUUCAUUCCACUUAGAGAGGCUCCCCGGCGAAUAGGGAUUUUCCUGGAUCAUGAGGCUGGACAUAUCUCAUUUUAUAGUGUAACUGAUGGUUCUCUCUUAUUCAUGUUUUCACAGGUAACUUUCUCUGGAACACUCAGACCCCUGUUCUCUCCCUUAUCCUGUAGCCCUAUCCCUAUGACCAUCUGUCAGGUAAUAGGAGAAACUGGGGAAUCCUUUACCUCCUGAUUCCUCUUGACAUUUUAGUUCAAUCCAUCUUUUGUGAUCAGAAAUUCAGUGUCCUGGGAGCUUUGCAAUCCUAGGUCUAAUCCUUUUCCAUUUGUCUUAGCAAUUCAAAAAAGAUUUGAAGAUUGUUCAGAAAGACAUCCUUUUUUGUUUUAAGAUAGUGAAUAUGGAUUUUACCACUGAGAUAAGUAGUUUGGUGCCAAAACAUUAAGGCUUCCAAAUGUAUAUGUACCACACCCAAAUCACUGGUUUUUCCAACCACAUCCCAAGUGGUAUGAGGGAAAGAUUCUGAGCUAAUACGAUCAGGAUUCUAUUCCUGACUUUUCUAGAAGGUAGCUGUAUGACUCUGGGACAAAUUAUUCUGUCUCUAGACCUUGCUAUAAAAUACUUACCCCAGAUAAUGUCUGAAAUCCUCCAUGCUUUUCUAAUGUUCCCAUUUUCACACCAAGUGUCAAAAACUGUUUUUAGGGGUAGAGAAAUCUUGAAGAUUUUUAGUAUGAACAUUAGUGUGGUCAAGACCUGGGCUACUGGUUAUGUCUUUUGGGUCCAGUACUGAUACAAAAAUGCUUGGGUGCCUUGAUUUUACCAAAUCAGAUCUGCCUAUACCUGUAGAGAAAAGCCAAAGCAGUUAAGCUGUAGACAGACAUAAACCUAAGAGACCAAGUCUCAACUGCCCCUGACCCAACUUUGACAUAAAUGAGUUCUCUCUCUGGCAAGUGACUUGGUACAUAGUUUCCUCACAUAUAAGAUAGAAGCAUUAGAUUGUUUCAAAGAAUAAUUUCUGCUUUAGAAGUCAUUCAAGUCAUCAGUAAAGAUAAUAGCUAUAUAAAUAGAUAUUAUCUUUUUAACUAAAUACUAUGUAAAACAUUUAAAUGGGGAAUAAGCAUUUAUAUAGUGGCUACUAUGCACUAAGCACUUUACAAUUAUUUCAUUUGAUCCUUACAACA